AUGAAUAACGAAUCAUGGAUAUUUUUCCCACCUAAUUAUAUCUCGUGUAUGUUCAGGAACCAUAAAACGCGCACGAGAAUUCAAACCACCACGACCAAACUGAUCCUUGAGAUUGUGAUCAAGUUUGCCAAAGACAUUGAAGAUGUUAACGCCUUCUCGGCUAUGGACGUAUAUGCUUCAGUUGCGAUCCUUAAAGACAGGAAAGUUAAGGACAGGAUCAAUACCCCUGUCGCUUUCUCCGCAAAUACAAACCCUAAAUGGAACCAGACGAUUAAGUUUUCACUCGAUGAGAAGUUAGCUCAAGAAGGGCGUUUAAUGCUCCUGGUGGAACUGAUGAGCCACAGGCCUUUUCUUGGUGAUAAGGAAAUCGGAUUCGUCAGACUUCCAAUGGAACAACUAUUAGGCUCAAACCCUCCAGCCAGUGGUGAUGCUAACGGUAUGAAGCUGGAAACGCACGCUUUGACGGGUCCUUAUGGGAAAAAAGGUGUCGUGAACUUCACGUAUAGAUUUCUUGCGGAACAACUUAGGGUUUCAACGGUUCCAACACCGUCGACAACAUCCCAACCAUAUAUCAUGUAUCUACCGGUCUCGCCUCAUUCAUACGCGUCAUCAGAUCCGAUACAGUUGACCUCAAGUUAUGUGACUGUUCAACAAGGUAAAAAUGCCGGGCAGGGUAACGGACUAGUACCAAUAUAUAUGUCGCCUCAAUAUCAAUCACAUGGAUAUCAACAAUAUUCACCACGAAAUCCGCAGCCACCACCGCAACAUUCGCAGCUUAAGCCACUGACUCAGCAGCCGUUCUCUCAGUCAAUGCCGGAUACACAAGAAGCAUAA